AUGACUUCCGGUAUACGCUCGCACCUACCCACAGAGGUAUUGAUUAUCAUCAUCGGGUUCCUUUUCGAAGACUUGUCCACAAACCUCGGGACUUCUCAGACCUCUCUUCAGCAACGCGACAUCUACAACUUUUGCCUGGUUUCUUGCCACUGGUACUCGGUGGGGAUUUCGUACCUGCACGACAGCCCUUACAUCUACCUGAAUGGGCAUUCCAAUGAGCUCGUACUGACAAUCUGCCAAGAUGAUAUGGGUGUCACGUCGCCCAUUCCAGAUGCUGGAAUUUCACGCUGUCGCGCCCUGGAAGAUCUUGACCUCGGAGGUAUCUGCGGUACCGGUGUCGACCUCAGACUCAUCAAGCGCGUUGUGAGCAAUCUCGUGCAGUUGCAUUCGCUUAUUCUCCCAUACUCCCUCGAAAUCCGCCAUGUCGAUGUUAUCACUGGUUACGACUGGCCAAGCAACUUGGCCAGUAUGACUUAUGGCGACCUUCUGGACCCAGAGGCUAUGUUGUAUUUUGAUUGGUCUACUAGAUUGCAAAACCUAUCAAUCUCUCACUGUGUCAACUUGGAAACCAGAGUCCUUGAGAGUGUUCUCGGGCACCCGCUUCAACGAUUACAACUCAAGGGCCUGAAAAUUAGUGCAGCCAACGAUAGGCUAUACACAGCUUCCUAUGAAGAGACAGAGGUCCUUCGCUCUAUGUAG